UUAUAUUACUGGUGUUUGUUUGAGGUUAGAACUUGCAUUAUUCGUAAUGGGGGACUCCUUCAAGCCCAAGAUCAAUCUCGAAGCUAAAGACCCUCUCCUAAAGAAGGCCGAGCUAGAGUACAUGAAAAUUAUCGAGCAGAAAAACCGCGAGCGUGUUCAGAAACUGCAAGCCAUCGCUAAGAAAAACAGGAUCACUGGUUUCGCUAUAGGUGCCGGAGUGUUUAGCAUUUAUCUGUAUUCUAUAUUCGCGGUGAAACAGGAGACGUUCCUCGACGAUUUUAACGAGCCAGCGAAGAUACAGCAAUAA